AUGAAAGCCAACUUAAGUAAGGUUGAAAUUCUUGAUGGUCUAUGGCUUCCAUAUGCUACCCUAUCUAGGUGCCUACAAUGUCCUCUGCUAACGACGACCAGGAUAGUGAAAGAUGCCCUUCAUGCACUGAUAGGGACAGCUGAAGUUGCAGAAUUAUCACCACCACAUCGCGCUACCGCAUGCAUUGCCUUGUGUGGAAUCUUUGAGCCAUGCCAGGUUUCCAAAUUUGAGAUUGUACGCAAUGUCAUUUGGGAAGAGCAGAUUUGGUCAAGGCUCUUUGGCAUUUACCUGGACUUUUUCGACAAAUCCAAAGCGAAGUCCAUGAGACAGCUGCUCGUUGUUUUCACUGGUGUAUUAAAAAGAGAGAACACUCCGCGUUCCUUACAAUUUCGUGAUCAAGCGGUCUUGAGAGCCGUCAACCUCAUCUCUAGGUACCAAAACCACCGAAAAGUCAAACCUGCAUUGCAAGCACUGGCACACUUCAUAUCCAAAGACUUGGUCUCCAUCGAUCAGCUCAUUGAUCUAUCCAGCGGGUCUGAUGUGAAUUCAAACCGCCGUCCGCUACGAGCAGAGCUAGGCCAGAACCUUCUCGCGAAAUUCCUCGACUGGGUACUACACAAUGACACUGCGCUUGCUGCUGGACAUUUAGUCGCCCACUUCAUUGCAAAAACUCAAAAGUUCACCUCUUUCAAAGACGGGCCAAGAACGGAUCUUCCACUGUGGGUAAAGCCUUUCGAAAACAGCGUUCGGGCUUCUCCAGAGAGUAUUCAAGAGUUUCGGCAUCAUGUCUUUCCGGAAGUCUUCCGUCUGAGUUUUGAUGACUAUAUCUUUUUCCUAAAUCAUCUCCGAUUGUACCGUUGCCUAGGCCAGACUUCGUCCAUCGUGGCGGAGGACAAGGACGCCACUAACAGCCGAUCGGAUGACCCGGUGGAAACCAGCAUACUUUUUGCUGCGCUUCAAGUUGGCAGAGAUAUUGGAAUGGUCAAAGACGUUGAUCACGCCAAACUUAAGACUAUCGAAGUACGUGCUGGUGUUUUGCUCGUUCCAGAUGUUGUAUUUGGAAGACUCUUAUCUCAUUUGGAUCCGGAAGCUAGGCUCGCGGGAAUCUCGCUCUUGGCUUCCUCUGCUACUAUCACAAAGCCAAUCACCAAAGGAAGCCUCCAAUGUCUUCAAGAUAACAUGCUUCACCUCCACGCAGACACGGAUGCAAAUUUCCGCGGCGAAUUAUUAAGUCAGAUACAACGGCUUUUUGACCGCCUUAGAUCAUCUACAGCGACUUUGAGCAAAGCGCUUGCCGGAAACACAGCAGCUCUGAAGUCACUCUCUAGCAAAAGUUCUGAUGGGAGCCGAAAAUCAGAAACCAACAAAGACGAGUUGCAUGUUAUACUGAAAUACCAUAUCAACUUCAUAUCGUGGUACAUCAGUUUCAUUGACUCUGAACUUCGACCUACUGCGUCGUAUCAGCGGCAUAUAACUGCGCUGAAGUCGCUAAACAUCGUGAUCAGGUCAGGCCUAGACCCUAGCGUUUCGCAUACAAGCCUUGCAAAGCAAGCGCAAGGAGACAAGAAGUGGCACCAUCAGAGGAAGAUAUACACUCCUGAACUAACAAGAUCGCUAUUAGACCUCUUGCUAGACCCAUUCGAUGAGGUCCAUAGUGUGGCAGCUUCUAUUCUCAGACUUAGCGAUAAUCAUACGCCAUCCCCGCUUCGUCCAAAUGAGAUGUCCCAAGCCAAAUCAAUGGAGCUUUUGCGUUUUAUCGAACGAGCCGAGAAGAUCAUGCUCCGAACUGGCCGGGCUGAUCAUGCUGACGGGGUAGCGAGAGCCUACGAGCUGUUGUAUUCUCAGAGUGAUGACAGUGGUUUUAUUCACAGCAUCACCGGAGAACAUGAAGAGUGGUGGUUGUCCAAGUGGACAAUUAUCAUCCAUCUAACGGAGCAACUAGAACAGACCGUUAAAAUCGCUCGACAUAAUCUCUCCGUCGCUGUAAACCAAUAUCCUGUACACGGUAUCCUCGCUAGUAUCAGAUUCAUUGUGGAGCGCGCUGAUUUCUAUUCGAUCCUUGAAGCCGCACCGCGAAAGUCUUUAGAAGCAUGGAGGAAUCUACACUCCCGACUCUACAUGGCUUUUCAUGACGUGUGGAAUUGCGUCCAAAACGUCCUGUGCAACGAUGCACCUGAAGGCCAUGUACCAGAUGACAUGGAAGCUGACUCACAAACCACGACGAAAGAUAUAUUGAGUUACUCUUGGAGAGCGCUCAAAGAGGCCAGCUUGCUACUUCGGGCGAUCGUCUCUAAAGCUCCAUUCGAGACAGUUUCAUCGCUCUCUAUCUUGGAUAAUUUCCAGCUCAAGCGGCUAGGGACAUUGUGCUUCACUCAGUUGAUCAACCUCAGGCACCGAGGAGCGUGCUCCGCGGUGGCACAGACAUUUGCAGUUUGCUGUCAACGCUGUUCUAAGAUAGGAAACGAAGCUACUCAAGGCUUGUUGCUCUCAUGGUAUCAGGAUACCAUGCUCUACAUCCGGGACGAAUCUCUAAUCAUCACCCGGCGCUCUGCCGGAAUACCGUUUCUGAUAACUGGGAUUAUUUCCGCAGACUCAGAGAGCGCCCUUUUCAAACAUGUCGUGGAAGACCUUUUCUCGGAGGCGUCUUUAGACGUAGGGCUUUCGAAGUUCGAUGAGAGCCGCAUACCUCAGGUCCAUGCACUCAACUGCAUUAAGGACAUCUACACAACCACAAAACUAUCCUCGGCAUCUGAGGUCUACCUAAGCAAGGGACUAGAUCUUGCUGCGACAAAAUUAGGAUCAGAAUUUUGGCCAAUCCGGAAUUGUGGACUUAUGCUUUUCAAGGCGUUAAUUGAGCGGCUACUAGGUACAGGCGAUACGCAAAACUGGAAAGAGAAACGCUUUACGAGAACGUCGCGCUUAUCAUACGACCGAUUUCCCAAUUUGCUCGAUAUUGUGGUCAGGUUGAUGACGUUAGGGGAACCAAGCAGGGAUGCCAUCGAGGCAAGCUUUUCUAUAUCAUCUAGAAAAACCGAUCAAGCAAUGGAGGCCGUGUUCCCGGCUCUACAAAUCCUUCAACAAGCUCCGCCCCCAUCCGCCAAAGAGGACGAUAUACGACUGCUUGUUCUUGAAUUGACCAAAGCACCAUAUUGGUACAUUCGGGACAUGGCGGCUCGAACCUGGGUUUCUGGUCUCCGUUCUCACGACUUUCUGGACAAGAUCCAGGCCUUGUUGGCCCAGACUAGCAUUGGCCAGCAUGCGAUUCAUGGAAAGCUACUUUGUCUACGAUAUGGACUGAAGGCUCGUUCAAUGCCCACGUUGAUCAAAUCUUACUCUAAGCGGGUUGACAGCAUCCUGGAAGAGGUGCUGAAUCAUUUCAAUGACUUGUACGAAGACAUUUUAAACCCUCUAAUACGUUCAGCCUAUCUGGAUGUCAUCAAUGAGUUCAGCAAGGCCUUUUUUCGGGCACGGCAUACAUCAAAACACUUGGCCACACUCAACAGUAUCGCAGGUCACCUUCAGCAAGACUAUCGAAGUAGUAUGAGAUACCUCACAACGGGGUUUCAAUCGAGCCUGGUUGCUGGUUCAGCUCUGCUGCGCAAGUCCGUCAGCCUUUACCUCAUCUUUCAGCAGUUAUUCAAGUGGGAGAUGUCCGAAAGACCUCCAUCAAACGUCGAAGAUAAAUAUACGGCUUUCGAAACCCUCUUGAGAGACCUUUCAAGAUUCGAUCCGGACAAUUAUUGCGUUCUUCUCGAGGAACUAGUCGAACUAAUUGAUCGCGCAAAAUCUCAUUCCUUAGCAUUCUCCAAACCGCAGAUCGUCGCCUGCUUCAAUAGCAUCUCACUAGAUGCCAUGGACCCGGAAGGCAAAGCCGCAUCACGCACCGCCAUCGCUUCCCUAUUCUCAGAUCAAGCAGUUAGAUCUUCUUUCUUCAAAACUGCCGACAAUCAGACUAUUAGUCAGACGAUUGAAGACCUCGAGAAGAGCAGUCUACGUGGCCCACCUAUGGAAUGCGAGGCCUCGUUGCCACUAUAUGGAUACUUCCUCGACCACAAGGCACGAGUCAGUCCGGAAUGGGACCUAGACGUCAUUCAAGAAAUGGAAAGAUACGCCCGAACAAUUUCUAGAGGGUUGGACGAGUCUAAUCCUUUUGACAUUAGAUUCGCCGCCGCGCGCUCCCUCGCCGGACUCCAGCAUAUCUGGACUACACCCAAGAGUCCGCAAUUGCUUCGCCUCGCAUUCUUAGUCUACGAUGCCCUAAACGACGAUGACGACGACAUCCGCGAGGUCGCUGCCUCCGUCGCUGCGAGAGUGCUGGCGGGUCCCGACUACAUAUCAAAUUCCCGGGACGUCGUACCCUUGCUUGCUAGCCAACGGCUCGCGGAACACUUCGCAAUCGUCUAUACCGGCUAUAGCCUCCUUCACGAAGAGGCCAUACGCCGCUUCAUGGGUACUGCAGUUGGCCAAGGCCCCUUCGAACAGCCGUUCCCAACUGCGCUGGUAGAAGCGCGCAAGGAGAACUCCGCACUAUUUGCGCAAGAGAAGCAAAAUCUAUUCAUUGACGAAAGUAGAGAAAUUGCGAUCUGGGCGGCAGUCUCAGGCCGCCUUCCCUUUGAGCCAGGUCCGAACAACGGCCUUCUGGAGGAGUUCGAGCAUUGGAUCAUUGAGGGAGUCAAUACGCUGACUACUACGACGGUGGAGGAGGAAGACGGAGCACUCGGAUGGGCGAGUAAGCCGGAGGUAUUCACGCUGGGGUUGCGAGUUGUGUACGGGGCGAAGGUGAUACUGAGUUGGGCGCGGCGGUCUUCGCAGGCUCUAAAGGCGGGUGAUGCGAGAAGAAGUACAUUCUUGAUAAAGAUUGACAAUCUCUUAAAGCUGUUGAGGGUAUGGGGUGACGCUGGGCGGAAGAGAGAGGCUCAUGGGCUGUGGUUGGAGCAGAUUGAGGAAGCGAUGCAGGUGACAUUAGAAGAGAGGCUGGCUUAAAAUGGGGUUUGACCUGUUGAAGGACUUCGGGACUCUUCAACAUAACGGUUUUUUUGCGAUAGUUUCUGGUUUCCAAGCUGCCAUUCUGACUGCUGGAAUUCCUCUUGAGCUUUGACCUAUAGAUCUAUUGACUCGGCAUACACCUCCGCCUCUACAUUCACAGUAAGCGUUUAUCUAUACGGCUUCAGUACGUAUGAGUACGUAGCUGCUUUAUCAGCUUCCGCACUGCGUAGCUAUACCUAGUCACGUUACUCUCCUUUCAAUUACGUAUAUAAGCUCGCACAUUCAUACAAUACAAACUCAUGUUCACUUCAAUCUAUCUGACGAACUCCUGGUGUUUCCGCCAGCAAUCACAUUCUCCACGCUGUUAAGAACUGAGCCUAUUAU